CAAAACAAUCAAAAACAACAUCAAGUCUUUUUCAGUGCAGCAAAAGAAGGAAAAAAAAUUAUAUCCUCAAGAUGCUAAAAAUUAUUCUUACCAUUUCCGGGCUUUUGGCGAUUGUGUAUUGUGCAUCCGAUAUGAACAAGGAGGUAUUCUUUGACGAAUCUAACGAACCGAAUUGUCCUAGUCAUUGCCAUAGAGUGUACCAUCCAGUUUGCGGCCAAACAAAUGACGGAGCCACACAAAUGUUCGCAAGUUCAUGUUCCAUGUGGAUGGAGAAUUGCAAUAAACCAGAAAAUGAAGUUUAUUACGAAACAUCACCUGAAAUCUGUCCAGACAGCGGAGACUGGUAAGGGAAAUAUGGCUUCACACUAGUAAUAAACCGGAACAACAACAGCCGAGGCGUUGCAACACACACCAACUAAAUAUAUUUAAUCAUUUUUUUAUACUAAAUAAAAUCUACUACAAAACCAUGCAAACGUUGACUUUUGAUUGAAUUCCAUUCCUUAUUCAAUACACAUUUC